UCCCUCAUCACACUCAACCCCUCUCUCCCCUACAUCUCGGACUCGCCCACCAUGAAGGUCCACGGAGCCGUCUUGUCCACUGCGACGCAGCGAGUCCUCGCUACCCUCUACGAGAAAGACCUCGAUUUCGAGUUCCUUCCCGUCGACCUGCGAUCCGGCGCCCACAAGCAAGAGCCUUUCCUCUCCCUCAACCCAUUUGGCCAAGUGCCGGCUUUUGAAGACGGAGAUUUGAAGCUCUUCGAGUCGAGGGCGAUUACGCAGUACAUAGUGCAUACUUAUGCCGACAAAGGGAACCAGCUGAUAUACCAGGAGGCGAAGAAGAUGGCGAUCAUGGCGGUGUGGAUGGAGGCGGAGGCUCACCAGUUUGACCCAGCGGCUUCGAAGCUGGUUUGGGAGCUUGUGUUCAAGCCGCUGUUCGGCAGGGAAGUGGACGGCGCGGUGGUGGAAGAGAACGAGGCUAAGCUGGGGAAGGUUCUGGACAUCUACGAGGCUCGGCUGGCUCAGUCCAAGUACUUGGGCGGAGACAGCUUCAGCUUAGCGGAUCUCCACCACCUCCCCAAUAUUCAUUGCUUGAUGGGUACUCAGUCCAAGAAGUUAUUUGAUUCGCGCCCCAAAGUGAGCGCCUGGUGCGCCGACAUCCUCGCAAGGCCGGCUUGGUGCAAGGUCCUUGCCAUGCGAAACAACUAGGUCUUUCAAGUCCUCGCAGUAUUCUAUCUACUUGGCUACUACUGCCCUGUAUUGGGUUUCCUCUCCUGUCUCUCCUUUGUUUCUAGUGUUCUGUUUUCCAUCCUUUUAUUGGAUGAGAAAUUGUAACCCGUCCGAUCUAUGUGAGUUUGAAAUAUCAUGGUAUGUUAAAAGGUCA